AUGGCUACCAACGGCGAUUUCACCGACGAUGAAUCCCAGCCCGGUUCCCCCGUCAUGGAGCCCAACGGCCAGUACGACAUUGAAGAACAGGAGCCUCUCGACCAGCCCCUGAAGUCGGCGAUGAAGAAGGACUCUGCUCUUUCCCCCCAGCCGAAGCGCCCAGAGCUUCCUGAACAACCCAACCCAGACACCCUCGAUCUGUCGACGCUUACCCCUCUGUCGCCCGAAAUUAUUGCGCGCCAGGCCACCAUCAACAUCGGUACCAUUGGUCACGUCGCUCACGGAAAGUCGACGGUUGUCAAGGCCAUCUCAGAGGUCCAGACCGUUCGAUUCAAGAACGAGUUGGAACGGAAUAUUACGAUUAAGCUGGGUUAUGCCAACGCCAAGAUCUACAAGUGCGACAACCCCGAGUGCCCUCGGCCGACUUGUUACAAGAGUUUCAAGAGUGAGAAGGAGGUCGACCCGCCAUGUGAGAGAGAUGGCUGCACAGGUCGUUACCGUCUACUGAGACACGUCUCCUUUGUCGACUGCCCCGGUCACGAUAUUCUCAUGAGUACCAUGUUGUCUGGUGCCGCCGUCAUGGACGCUGCCCUUCUCCUGAUUGCCGGAAACGAAACCUGCCCCCAGCCUCAGACCUCGGAGCACUUGGCUGCUAUUGAGAUCAUGAAGCUGAGUCAUAUCAUUAUCCUGCAGAACAAGGUCGAUCUGAUGCGCGAGGACGGUGCCCUGCAGCACUACCAGUCGAUCCUGAAGUUCAUCCGUGGUACUGUGGCAGACGGCUCUCCCAUUAUCCCCAUCUCCGCCCAGCUGAAGUACAACAUCGAUGCGGUCAACGAGUACCUCGUGUCGCACAUCCCCGUCCCCGUCCGUGACUUUACCGCCUCUCCUCACAUGAUUGUCAUUCGCUCCUUCGACGUCAACAAGCCCGGUGCCGAGAUUGAUGAUCUGAAGGGUGGUGUCGCUGGUGGUUCCAUCCUGACAGGUGUGCUGAAGCUGAACGACGAGAUCGAAAUCCGUCCCGGUCUGGUCACGAAGGACGAGAACGGCAAGAUCCAGUGCCGUCCCAUCUUCUCUCGCGUGGUCUCCCUAUUCGCCGAGCACAACGACCUCAAGUUCGCCGUGCCCGGCGGUCUUAUCGGUGUUGGUACUCGCGUUGACCCUACCCUCUGCCGUGCGGAUCGUCUUGUUGGUUUCGUCCUGGGUCACCGUGGUCGCCUGCCUGCUAUCUACACUGAGCUGGAGGUUAACUACUUCUUGCUGCGUCGUCUGCUCGGUGUGAAGACCGCCGACGGAAAGCAGGCUAAGGUCGCCAAGCUGGCCAAGAACGAAGUUCUGAUGGUGAACAUUGGAUCUACGGCCACCGGUGCCAAGGUGAUGGGUGUGAAGGCUGAUGCUGCCAAGCUCAGCUUGACCAGCCCUGCCUGUACCGAGAUCGGAGAGAAGAUCGCCAUCAGUCGGAGAAUUGAGAAGCACUGGCGUCUGAUCGGUUGGGCCAACAUUGUUGCCGGUAACACCCUGGAGCCCAUCCUGAACUAA